AUGGCGACGGUCUUUCAGGUCACUGUUCACGUCCAUCCCCGGGAUGUUGCUAGAUUCUUGGAGGCGGCCGAGCCAACCAUCGAGAAGAUGAAGAGGGAGUCUGAGCUGAUGUACUUCGAGAUGUAUCAAAUUCAUGACUCUCCGGGCACGAUCACGUGGAUUGAGAAAUGGUCCGAACCUGUAGAUUGGAUCCUGAAACACCAAAUGACCAAGGAGUAUUACAACGCCUAUUUUGACGCGACAGAGCCCUUCUACGUAAAGCCGCGCGAACUGAAGAUUUUGAGUUCUUUGGGACCGCGGUACUCAUACCAGAAGUGA